AUGUGUAUCGAUAAUGAUGAUAACUUAUUUUUAGCAGAUUCAUCGAAUCAUCGUAUAGUCAAAUAUAUAAAGGACUCAAACGUUCCGAUUACAGUUGCUAGUGGACUCUACUAUCCUUCCGACGUUUUCGUUGAUCCUCUUAAUAACAUCUUUAUUGUUGAUAGAAAUGGAAUUCAUAUGUGGCCUGUCGACAGUACAAAAGGUGUAACGGUUGAUGAUAGCAGAAAUCGGAGUUUUGCGGCAAUUUAUGUGAAUAGUAAAGCAGAAAUUUAUGCGGCAGAAGUUUUUGCUAAUUUCACCGGUCGGAUGAUCAAGUAUUCGUCAUUAAAUUCAACUUCUGAAACAGUUAUUGAUGAUACACCAGGCUACCAUGUAGCAGGUUUAGUUAUUGAUCAAUGUGAUAAUAUUUAUGUAGGAGAUCGUGGUUACGAUAGACUUCUAAAGUAUCCUCGUGGUAUAAAUUCACCAGAAGUCAUGCCUAACCCCGGUGUUUCUGAUCCAAUCGAUAUUACGAUGGAUAAAUAUGGUAAUAUGUAUCUUGUUGACUAUUCUGGUCAUUAUGUUUCAAGAUGGAGUGUAAAAUAUGGUGGAUCUCACAUUAUAGCUGGUGUAAUACAUGUUCAGGGAUACGAUGAUGAACAUCUGUAUAAUCCAGUUAGCGCAGCAAUCGAUUCAAACGGAAACUUGUACGUUGGUGAUUCGAAAAAAGGCCGCAUUCAAAAGUUCGUACUAGAAAGUGGUGAUCUCUAUUGUUAG